AUGAUCGAAAUCCGCCCUGGACCCAGUGAUCAACAACAACCUGCAACUUCCACGGAGCAGCCUCUCAUGGCCGUCAAUAUGCAGGCCCUCUCCGCCUCCAUUUCUAGCGCAGUACAGCUAGCUGUCGCGGAGGCCAUGAAAGCGCAAUGGCCAGCAGCACCCAGGCAGGAGACACAGUCCUCCACGGACCAGUCAGUGCCCAAUAUAGUCAACGCAUCCUUGGCCGAGAUCACCCAAGGUACUCCAUCAAGUAGCCAAAACGUUGUCAUCUUAGCUGAGCCUGGGUUAGACUCGCCGGCUCCGAAACAAAUUUUUUCUAGCGUGGCUGUUUCUCUUAGCAGUCGGGUGAGUUCCAAAGUCAAGGCCAAAAUCUGGUCCAACGAAUAUCUUGAUUUUGGAACUCUCCUCUCGUUUUCUCCCAAUAAUCAUAGGUAUUUUCUGUCUCUUGCCUCUUCGGAUGGUGAGACCACCCGCCCACACUUAACUUUAGAACCUAACCAACCAGUUAAAAAGAUCCAAACUAUCAACCAGUGGCUCUCUGCAUUUAAUAUUUUUGUUGCGAUCUAUUCGGAAAAAAUACCCUCGGACACACCCAAGCUGAUGAAAUAUUGUGAAAUUGCCCGCGAUUUCGCCGCAAAACCAGGUGACUGGUUGUAUUAUGACGAACAAUUUCGUUUCAUAAGGCAAUCAGCCCCUGCACAAUACCCAUGUGACGCUAUUCACUGGGAACUUUGGCUGAAGGCUGUGACAAAUUUUCGUCCGAAAACCCAGUUUUCCUCGGACAAGGGACCUCUGCGCUCCCGCUCCCAGUCCUUUCCAAGAGGCACAUGCUGGCGUUUCCAUGCGGGGAAGGUGUGCAACGGGUGCCGUUUCGAACACAUUUGCAAUAAGUGUGGCUCGAAACACCCUGCCGCACAGUGUUCCUCCAGCCAACCUAAAACACGCCCCGUCAAAGCAGGCAUUUCAACAGUCGCUGCACAAGCCAGUAACACCCGUAAAGGUGGAUCGGCUUAAUUUUCUUCUUAGCGGAUACGAAACGUCUCUCCGCCUUUAUUUAGUUAAUGGGUUUACUUUUGGUUUUCGCGUUGGUUUUGAUGGGGAACGCUGCGCGUUGCACUCACCCAACCUUAAAAGCGCUUUAGACCAACCGCUAAUCGUUCGGACGAAACUACGUAAAGAGUGUGAGGCCGGGAGGAUAUGUGGUCCUUUUAUUUGCCCUCCUCUUCCAAACUUUGUUUGUUCUCCUUUAGGAAUUGUUCCCAAAAAAGACCCCUCUGAAUUCCGUUUAAUUCAACACCUAUCGUACCCUCAUGGCACCUCAGUAAACGAUAACAUACUACGCAUACUACGUUCACUACGCUUCUAUUUCUGA